GCUCCGUCAGAGAUUCUUGCCCGAGGUAGGCUAGCUAUUGAAGCCUACAGAAGAGCCCUUUUGGAAGGAGAAGGUUACGCAAGAAGAGUUCCCGUCGUGAUAAUUGGGCAGGCACGGACAGGAAAAACCAGUCUGAAGAGGUCGCUAAAAGGGGAAUUGUUCAAUCGAAAUGAAGGAAGUACGGAAGGGAUAGAGACAGAUCCGUCCUAUUUUAAAGUCUCGACAGACGUCUGGAGGACAGGUCAGAAAAGCGAAGAUGCCGAAUCAGAGCCAACGUUUUUGUUAGACCACCAGGUAGCCCAAAAGAUAUUUGAAAGCUUAAGGGAAGGAGACCGCUUAGUAGUCGAGCAAAUGGAAGCGAAUUCAUUGCCUCCUGAACGUACUGGGGAAUCUAGUAGUAGCUGGAUCAAGUCUUCACUUCAAGACUCCAAAGUAGUCGAGAAGGUCAAACCCUAUUCAUUGCGUACAGGAGAUCUGAGCAGUAGCAGAACCGAGCUGUCACUUCACUGCUCCAAUGUAUCUGAAAAAGCCCAAACCAGUUCAUCAGUUACAGAACAGAGCGGGAGCGAUCCAUCAUUUCAGGACUCCAAAGAGCAUCUUUCUGUACCAGAAUUACCAGAAAACAUAGCAGCAUUGGUUCAAAAUUUGCUUGAACAUAGCCAACAGUUUGAAGACGAAGACAACAUAUAUUCAAUCAUUUGGGAUUUUGGAGGACAGUCUCUUUACUACGCCACACAUCCAAUUUUUCUGACCAAACAAGCCAUCUACAUUUUAGCAUGUGAUCUAAGUCGUGAUCCAGACCAGAAAGCCACAGCUCCUACGCUAAAAGGCAUGUAUGAGAAUAAAAUAGACACUCACUGCAAAAAAACAAAUCUCGACUAUCUUGAUUUUUGGAUGACGUCAGUUUAUUCUUUGGUUAGCCCAAAUACUAAUCGUCAGGAAACUCUGUCAUCUGAAAUGUUGCCUGCAGUAUUCUUGGCGUGUACGCAUGCUGACAAGCCUUACAAAAACAAGGCUAAUCCAAAAGCACUUGCCGAAAAAAUCUUUGGCACCUUAAGAGACAAUGUUUAUGGUGAUCUUUUAAAAGACGUCUUUGUAGUAGACAACACAAAGUCAGGCAGUGAUGAAGAGUGCCAAGACGUGAAAAAUCUGAGAGAAGCAGUACUUUCUGUUGCCAAAGAGCUUCCACAGAUGGAGGAGGCCAUUCCUUUAAAGUGGUUGAAGUAUGAAAAGGUUCUCCGUCUACUAAGCAGGGAAGGCUAUAAUUGGAUACCCAUCGAGCAAGCCAGACAGAUUGCCUCUCACGAGUGUGGAAUUGAUGACGAUGAACAGUUUCGAACACUGCUUAACUUUUUACACGACCAGAGAAUUUUGAUUCAUUUUAGUGAAACACCAAAUUUGGAAAAAAUGGUUAUUUUGAGCCCACAGUGGCUCAUUGACAUCUUCAAGGAGGUGAUUACUGUUAAACAUUUCAAGCAAACGGAUAAAAGAGUUGCGGGAUUAUGGCGUAAUUUUGAAAAGACUGGAAUCUUAGACAAAAACCUUUUAAAUCAUGCUUGGAGAUCCUUGUCCGAUAAUCGAGAAACCUUCGACAGCCUCAUUGCUAUAAUGGAGAAAUUUAGCCUACUUUGUGCAUGGCCCUCAGACGGGACCACUCAGAAGUACCUUGUACCAUCCAUGUUAAUGUCUCCCCCAACAGGUGAUCUCCUUAAGCACCUUGAUUGUGUACGGACCCCUUCACUUUUUGUGGCGUUUGAAUCAGGCAGAGUUCCACAGGACUUGUUCUCACGGCUUGUUCUGCAGUUUUAUCGGUUGUGUCAAGAAGAAUGGAAGAGUGAGAUAAAUCCUGAAUUGUUCAAUAGUUUUGCUAUGUUUCACAUUCUUCCUGAUCGUGCAAUUUCCUUAGUAUUUAUGUUGCAUUCCUCGUCUAUCGAAAUAGUUUUUCACGAUGGAAAGGAUGUUCGUGAUCUGAAUACAAGCCGCACAGUUUAUUCGCAACUGAAAUGUCUUCUUAGACAUAUUUGCGAGGAGUCCUUCUGGUUGAAGCACGUGAAGUACGAAAUGUGCGUUUCCUGUCCUGUGUGUUCUCAUGAAGACGGUGUCAAGUGCAGUGCUCAUGGCAGGCGUGGUUGCGAGUGUUUGCACCUUUUGUCGGAACAAGAGUUGCGUAAGCAGCAACAUUGCGUCAAAGGAGGCAUUAAAGCGGAUCUCACGAUUGACAUCAGGAAGUUUGAACAUUGGUUUGCUCUCUUAGAUUCUCAGCAAAGCAGGAUUCCGUUCACUCAGGUUAGUUCUUAAAUUCGCUUUUCCUAAACACGAUUGCGAGUGGCUCAUUCGCCAGCCAAGAAACUUUGGGUACAAGCUUCGGUCGCGAUGGUUUCUGGGAUAGUUUGGGUGGAUAAACAUUGGUGGGUGUUUCUCAAAUAGGCCAUUUGCACGAUGGCGUCAUUUUACUAUUGCUACUACCAGAAUCGUUCAGGGUUUUGUUUUCUGGUGCAAAUUAGGGCUUUUGUUAUUCAAUCCUCGCUGGGAUUUCCAAAUUUAAAUAUGAAAGAAAAACCGAAAUGAAUUCUGGUCUUAGUAGUAAAAAGUCUAAAAAGACGUCAUCGUGCCAAUGGCCUAUUGGUUGACCAUUCAUAACUAACAAUACCACCCAAAUGAUUCCAGAAAUCAUCCUGCCGAAAGCAUCCUUCCCAUAAAUUCCCCAAACAAACACUAGGUAGACUUGAACUUACCAAUAAGAAGUCGAGGGUGGCAUUGAAGAACGUGGAAUUUAAGUUCCAAUGAAGUCCGGUCUUUUAAACGGGCGAUAUUAAGGGCUGGUGAUGACUAGAAGCCACCUCUAAAAGAUCCAAAAGCACUCGAGGUUAAGAUACGUCGUGUCGCGAUUCUGAGUGGACCUGUGGAAGUGAUUGUCAGCCCCAAGCAUUGCAACGCACUCAUCGAACGAUUCCCAGAAUGAUGCAGUUGCUAUGGAAGAAGAGAGUUUUUGGCAAGAGUGAAUUUUUGGUAACCUUGGCCAUUAGACCCUAUAUUAGCUGGAUGACUUAAGUCAGUGAAUUGAAAUAAAUGCCCAAAUCCUUCAAAUUCCUUGUUAGCAGAAUACCUUCCGUUUCAGUAAAUUAUUCUAUGAAUAGAUUAAUUAAAUGGAAACUACAGGAUCGUUUAGACAGGAUCACUAUUUAUUAUAUGCUUUCAUCGGCUUUUGAAACUGAUCAUAAGGCCCACACUAACAUUAUUUUUAAGUUUAUAAUAAUAAUACUGAUAACAAUAAGAUUAUUAUUAUUAUUAUUAUUAUUAUUAAUAUUAUUUUUAUUUAUUAUUGAUAUUAUAAUUGUGUCGAUAACAAAAUGCUUGAGUAUGAUUGGUUCUUAACAGCCCACAUUUAUAGCUUAAUUUUGCUAUUGUAACUCAAAAACAGUUGGUGAUCGGACAGUUAAAGAACCAAUGAAAAUCAAGUAGGAAAUACCACUAGCCAAUGAAAUUCCUCAAAUUCCUUGUUAGCAGAAUAUCAAUCAAAAUCGAUGAAAAAUAUUGACCAGGUAAGAGAUCCAGCUUCAACUGGAAAAGAGAAAGGGAUGAAACUAACUCUUCCAGAGACUUUUAUUUACAUUAAUAAAUAUUCCAAGACUGAGAUUCUCGCAUUUUGUUAUUGACACAAUUAAUUGGUAAUAGGACUUCGUGUCGUACAACGCAGGGGUAAUUGGGCUCGUAAUUUCAAAUCGGAAAUUUGAAAUUACUUGCCCGAUUACUCCCUGAAUUGUACGACACGAAGUCCUAUUACAAUUACUUAUCAGAAACGGUGAAAUCUAAUAUCAUUGUUUGGUAUUUGAUAAAGGAUGCUUGGCUGGAGUUGCAUUCCAGAAUCCAUAAUUAAUAGUUCCUUAUGAUUUAAAGUCAUUUGCUGUAUCUGUAUCUUUACAGCAGCAAGAUGUGACUCAACGUGACGACAAUGAAGAACAGCGCAUAACUCCUAAGAAAGGUAAGCCCAUUUAUUGUGGUAGUUACUUUUUUUGGCAAACAUAAAUAUAGGCCUUUUGCAGAAGUUGGUCAUGUGAUUAAGCGGGAUUGUAGCCCGGCAUAGACAGCUGUUUCGCCCUCUUUGGGGCUCCUCAGUAUGGCGUAACAACCAAAGAAAGCUCUGAUGGCGUGAUUCUGUGGGUGUUGAGAGUUCUAAGUUAGGGCUUAAAUCAGAGUGAGCGGAUAUUUUCAUCAGAGCCUUCUCUGGUUGUUGCGCCAUACUAACGAGCCCCAAAGAGGGCGAAACAGCUGUCUAUGGCUACAAUCCCUCUCUGUUUUGAGUUCUUUCGGUUCCGUGUUGAUGUCUUGCAGAGUUAAUUUUCCUGUAGUACGAUCAGCGUUGCAGUAUUCUGCUUGCAGAAUUGAAGUCCUUUGUGGUUAAUGUUUGUAACUAUUCAAUGCAAUUGUCUUAUUUAUUGUUAUUUCGAAGUGAACGCUCUUGAUAAGUUUUUUUUUACUCUAAGGACAAACUUCGUCAAUAAAGCAUGUUAAAAUACAUUAAAAAAAAACGGACGUAAAAUAUCAAUUUUUAAUAUGGAAACAUUUUCCCCCCCCCCCCCUUUUCCUUAUCACCCCUCCCUUUCGAACGCACUCCCCUGAUUAAUUUGGGUUUAUUUAUUUAUUUGCAAGACCUUUACAGAGCAAGAACGAUACAAUUGGGAGGGUCAAACAACAGAGCGACGCUCCAAUAGGCCCUUCCACGGUUUUUCAACCUUUUUCAUGACUCUAAGGAAAAAUCCGUCGACACCACUGGAAAGAAGGCCUUAAAAUUAGCAAAAUUGUCAAGUCUUAAAGUGACACGUCGUAAACGAGUGAAGGUAUAGCUCCGCAAAGUUGUGAAAAUUUACAGAAGUUUGCAUGGUAGGAGGAGGGGGGGAGUUCGUGUGCCCCCCCCACCAUAUGUAAAAAAUCUGUAUAAGAUAAGAUAAAAAUCUGUAUAAGUAUAAGAUCACAUCUGUAAAAGAAGAAGAAGCUAUAUCUUUGAUUAGUUUUCAACAAAUCACUUUCAAACUUGGCAAGUUUGCUGAUGUAAAGGCGCUCUUUCUAGCGAAGUUGACAAAUUUUCCGAAACAUGUCCACGUAAAAAUUUAAAAAAAGUAGAAAGGUUUAUUAAAGUGCGCCCUUGAGAACUAUUAACACCCCUCUAGACGUUGUUGUAAAAUCUUGGAAAGAGAUUAAAAAACCCGUUUAAAUUUCGUCAUAACCGAAGAUGCAUGUGCUCGAAUCUUGACAGCUCUUUCUUAGUCCCUGGGUUUUUUUUAACCAUUCAAAACGAAAAUAGAGUCUGAACUCAACUUAACUUUGUCACAAAAUCGUCGUAACAUUUUUUUGCCUCCAAAUGUUGAACCCAUUAGAUGUGAAGCAUCUUUCUUAACUAUUGUUGAACUCAUCCAUGCGCAAUGUAGCUAAUAAACAUGUCUUUUUGAUAAACGCGAUUACUUAUUCGUAAGAGUGUGAGAAAAUUAAUAUUUGGACUGUUUAGUGACAACAUGGUCAUUAAUCUUUCUAACAAUACUCAUUUUUUUUCUUUUACAGAAACUUCAUCGGAAAGAUCUGCCAUUGUUCCACCAGAAGUCAUCAUUAAUCAGCUUAAGAAUCGGGAUCUUCCCAAACAUGUGACACAUUUUGAUGAAUACCGACUGCCAGUCGACAUUUUGUUGCUGACGGUCGAGGAUUGUGAAUUUCUAAGCUGUCUGUCAUAUCUGAACCCUGGUUUCUGUAAGACUUUUCAUAGAGAUCUUGGCUUUGUGUACCUCGGAGAUAUGGGAGAGGAUGAAAGGAAGUUAAACAUUGCUGUAAUGAGUGGCUACAGGGGUUCCACCUCUCCAGGGGGAUCCAUGGUUGUUGUAUUGAACGCUGUCAACGUCUUAAGGCCCAAAGCAGUGUUCUCUGUGGGUUGCUGUAGGAGCUUAGACUACGACAAAGUAAAACUUGGAGACAUAGUAAUGUUAGACAAGUUAAUUACAUAUGGCCCGUGCAAAAUCACGGAGGGUGGCAUUGAAGAACGUGGAGUUAAAGUCCCACUGAAGUCCGGUCUUUUAAAGGUGAAAUUAAGGGCUGGUGAUGGCUGGAAACCACCUUUAAGAAAUCCGGAAGCACUCGAGGUGAAAAUACAUCAUGGCACGAUUCUGAGUGGACCCGUAGAAGUAAUUGAUAGCCCCAAGCAUUGUAAGGCACUCAUUGAACGAUUCCCAGAAGCAAUUGCUAUGGAAGAGGAGGGUGAAGGUGAGUUUUUGGCAAGAGUGAACUUUUUGUAACCUUGUCCAUUAGACCGUAUGUAGGCAGGAUGACUUAAGUCAGUAUUCUUCUGCUUACAUCAAUCUUGCCCGCGCUCCUACAUGUCCUAUGCUAAGUGAUGGAGAAAUCUGGCGGCCUCUUCCGGAUGAAGGAUACAGGUUCGAGAUACUAUGGGCUAGGAUGAGGUGGGAAGAGAGAAAAACAAACCAUCCGGAUAUAGGUGCCGUGUGGUGGAGAGCGGGCAAGGCGAGGUGCAUGGCCAUAACAACAACCUGUGUGUCUUGUCUCGAAGAUGAUAAUGAAUGCAUGGUGUAUGUGUCUUAUACAGUCGUUUGGGCAAGACCGCUCUAAAUAGUACAGAGUAGACUCCCGAUAAUUCAAACUUUCAAGGGAAACAGAAAAAAGUUCGAGUUAUUGGGAGUUCGAGUUAUAGAAGGUAAAAUUAUAUAGAAAAUGUUCUAAAGGGAAAUGAAAAUUGGUGCGAGUUGUAGAGGGUUCGAGUUACCGGGAGUCAACUUAUCCUAUUUACAUCAAUCUUGCCCCCGCUCCUAUGCUAAGUGAUGGAGAAAUCCGGCGGCCAACGUACGAAUAAUGCUUUCCGAGACAUCCCACUACCAACAGGAAGACAACACCCCACACACCCAAACUCAAAACCCCCAGCCUUAAUACCCACACUAAAGAAAAACGCUCGACAGUGUCAGGAAACAAAAUUGCCGCGAGGCAACUUCUGUUCUGGAGCCACAAAAACAUAUCAAUAAGACCAGGGAACAAUAAAUUUAGCACAAGUUAGUCGCCAUAACUAAAUAAAACGCUCGGCAGUCAAUUCAGUCAAUUCCGCUGAGGAUAAAAGAACAAUAGCCAUAAUUUGCACAAGAAAACAACAAACUCAAGGAUUCUGGUAGUUGUAGUAAAAUGACGUCAUCGUGCAAUUGUAUCGGGAAAUAUCCAAUUUGUCACUAGCAUCCUCCUUUUUUAACGAUUGUUUACCCUUUACAAAACAAGUUAAUUAUAAAGUAAGCUCAAUGGCGAAAAACUACCGUAUGCACUUUUGUUAUCGCCGAACAAUCCGACUGAAGCAGGAAAAUCUCUCUUGCAAUAAAAUAAAAAGACAAAUUACACAAGACAUAAAUUUACUACUCACAAAAACAACCGCUGCCAGGUCUUCUCAACAAGCCGUAAUGACUGACACUGUUCGUAAAUGUUGUUGUUCGCUAAACAAAAGAAAAUUUUCUAGAUUUCGCAGAGCAAAAUAUAAACGUCUUUUCAGCACUGGAAACGACUUCUUACGAACAUACGAGUAUUUUAACUUUAGAUGGACUUUAAGACUCUUUUACCUUUGUUUCUGCUUAUUUUUUACUGAUCGUUGACGAAUAAAUAAGAAAAUUUUCUGUCUUAGUUUUACAGAAAGAAUUUUCUUUCAAACUAGACGAUUGUGGUGUGUUUUACAGUUUGUAAGCAGCCAAUGGAAGCGUUUGUUUUUCUGUGUCACGCGUUACGAGAAUUUUGCAGUUAACUAAAAAGCAAGCAUUUUUUGUCAGCUAUGUUAUAAAAGAAUUUGCUCAUGCUUUUAGCUGUGCGUUUAUAGGGUUAUGGAUGCCCUUGGGAAGUUUGGAGAGCACUCAAUUAAAGCAAUUCGUUGUGUUUUUGAACUAAGGGUUCCUUGUGUGUAGUUAUUUCAUUGCGUAAAUGCGACCGAGUUUGAUUAUGGAAUUACAACCGGUUCAGAGUACUGCAUGCAGUUGAUACAGGGGCACCCAACGAGAAUAUAGUUUAAAACCACUUAAACAUGGCAGGUUCGAAAAUCCUAGGAGAGGCAGACAAGCAAGGCAUUUUGGAAAAAAUGUUCCGAAAAUUCUAGAUCUCAAAUCGUCUUCCGAACAGAUAUUUUCCGAAAAUUGUCGUUUGGUGCCCCUGUUGAUAGUUUGAACGUUAAACAUGAAUUGCGAUGGACAAAAGUAAAGCCAUUCUGUAUCAUGCAGACAUUUCGAAACGAUAUUUCUUGGUUUGCCACUUGAAAAUCGUGUUUAACUUUCUGCAUGAAUUGAAGCAAAGGAGUCGUGACGUCACUGGACGGCAUUAACGGCGGGUCGAUUCAGACGUUUCUGAGGGAGUAAUAACGACUGGAAGUAAUCGGAUGAAAUCCAGGCUAUCAAAAUCCUUGUUAGCAGAACACCUUCCGUUUCAGUGAAUUAUUCUAUGAAUAGAUUAAUUAAAUGGAAACUACAGGAUCCUUUAGACAGGAUCACUAUUUAUUAUAUGCUUUCAUCGGCCUGUGCUUAUCGAUGCCUUAUUACAACCCUAGCUAUCAUGGGCACCCAACGUCAAUUUUCGGAAAAUAUCUGUUCGGAAGAAGAUUUGUGGUCUAGAAUAUUCGGAACAUUUGUUGUAAAAUUCCUUGCUUGCCUGGCUCUCCUAGGACUUUCGAACAUCUAUAAAAUGGUAUAAUUGCCCAUUUUUAACGGAUUUUUGCCCUAAAAAGGUCACCUAGAAUUUUCGGGGGCGUUUUUCCUGGCUGGAAUUUCUGAAAAGGUAAGUUUUGAUCCCUAUGAUUUUCGGAUCACUAGACUUUCAGCUAGAAAAUCCGAACAGAUGGAAAAUUUUUAGGGGAUAAAAAUAUGCCUAUAUCUACCGUUUAAGUACUAAAAUACGUUCAACAAUGCUAUGUUUAAGUGGUUUUGAACUAUAUUCUCGUUGGGUGCCCCUGAGCUAUCUCUGACAACCCUUUCAACCUGACUUUACUUGGCUUUUCUUACAUUUUCUAUGUUUCAUAGCUACUUCACUACUUCAUUUACGACUAAUCUCUAUUCUAAGGCCUGUUUGCUGCAGCUCACGACCUCAACUUUGAGUGGAUCGUCAUUAAAGGGAUUUCGGAUUACGCGACUGGCAGUAAAUCAAAGGAGACAUCUUGGAGGCCAUUUGCAAGUUUAAUGGCAGCUUCAGUAACGGCUCAUAUGCUCAGCGAUGCCAUCAUUUUUAAAGACUGGCCUCACUUUGAGUGCAAAAGUAAGUACUGA